UUUUUGCUGUAAGCUCCCAAUCUUUUGACAUUUCCAUGAAAAAGGUGACGUCAUUAUAGUUCGGGAACUUCCCUUUCCGUUAUUUCCUGCUGAAGUACUUCGUAUACAGCACUAAAGUGUCAAGAAGUAUUGGUAGGUUAGGUUACAAAAAACAUGCCUUCCUCGAGUAGCAAUAUACGAAGUAUACAGUGGGGAAUGUGGGCGAAUGAAACUGCUCUUCUUGGUAGCUAUGUUCUGACUCUUGGAGGAAUCAUUGGAAUUGUUGGAGGAUUACUCAAGAACUUCAUGUUCUGGUUACCAAUUGGAAUAUACGGAGUUGUGUUUGGCAUUUUAGUUGGCUUACUUGAAUAUCCAAGAGGAAAGAAGAACAAAGGAAACACUCUGCUUAGAAGUGGUCAGUCCUGUUUUUCUACUAUGGUCAAUAAACUACCGUUUGUCAGCAGCUAUUAUUUUCGUGCAAUAGCAUACUUCAUAGUCUGCAUACCUGGAAUCAUUAGUGUUCCAACGUUUCUUGGUUCAGUCUGUGUGAUUGUUGGCAGUGGUAUCUAUUUGGGGGCUGCUUUACAUAAAGAAAGAUGGAAUCCCAUAGAGUCUCGUCCCCAAGUCCCAUCCACAUCAAAUGACAUCACGCAACCUCCGAGCCAACCCCCACCUCGCCUUCCACAAAACAAACAAAUCUAAAUCCAAACUUUGCCAAAAAAGUAUCCAGAUUUAUAAUCAAUGGUUCACAAACUAAUGUAUAACUAACUAUAACAUAUCAUAAUUUUAUUUAUCUCUUCGGAAACAAUAGCCAAAAGGCCCAAAAUUAUGAUAUUUGAAGAACUGAGAGAAAGUAGUUAACAGCAAAACAACAGUUGUUAAAACAUGCUAUGGAUAAAAAUGUAGAAAGCAUGUCAGUUAAAAAGUGUGGCUGUUGUAUCCAAAUACUUAAUGAAUGAAUAGUUUUGGCUUAUUUAUUGUACCGUAGCGGUUUUAUGCAGUUAUAACAUAGGUUUUCUGUUUCUAACAGCUCGUGAUUGCUUACAGGUUACCACAUAUGCAACUUUGUUUAUGAUUGUUUUUUGGAUUUUUUUCUGUAUAGCUGAUUUUAAUUGAAUGAAAAGGUUUUUGUUUGAAGUUGUAUAGAGUAUACACAAAGUUUAGCUGGUUUUUAUGAAUGUAUUGUACUCUUAUUAAUCUUAGUUAGUAUUUUAAUAUAUUGUUAUAUUGCAUUUGUGUCAAUUAAUUGUUGCAUAAAUACUUCAUUGUAAACUACAUUCGUGCACUUAAGCAGAUACUUUAAUAAAUAAGGUUUUAACUA